CUCGGCAGCCGCGCCGCCCAGCCCCAAAGGGCACCGCGGGCGGGUCUCUGCAGCUCCCACUACACCCCGCCGCCGCAGGUGCCGCCCCCAACACACCGGAUCCCGCCCAAGCUCCUCUGGGUGCUGUCGGUCGGUCGGUCGGUCGGUCCGUGCGUGCGUGCGCCUCGUCGGUCCGCGCGCGUGUGGCCGAGCGGCCCUUCCUCUGCGGCCAUGACUCCACCGCCACCGCCGCCCCCACCCCCGGGCCCAGAUCCCGCAGUAGACUCCGCCACAGACCCCUGUCCCGAACCCAAGUCGCUGGUUGUUUUGUUCGGGGCCACGGCUGGUGCGCUAGGGCCGGACCUAGGCUCGGACGAGACCGACUUAAUCCUCCUCGUUUGGCAAGUGGUGGAGCCGCGCAGCCGACAGGUGGGGACGCUGCACAAGUCGCUAGUUCGCGCCGAGGCUGCUGCUCUGAGUCCACAGUGCCGCGAGGCGAGCGGACUCAGCGCAGACAGCCUAGCGCGGGCGGAGUCCCUGGACAAGGUGUUGCAGCAGUUUUCACAGCUGGUGAGCGGGGAUGUGGCUCUGCUGGGCGGGGGCCCCUAUGUGCUCUGCACUGAUGGGCAGCAGCUGUUGCGACAGGUUCUGCAUCCCGAAGCCUCCAGGAAGAACCUGGUGCUCCCCGACACCUUCUUCUCCUUCUACGACCUCCGCAGAGAAUUCCAUAUGCAGCACCCAAGCACCUGCUCCGCCAGAGACCUCACAGUGGGCACCAUGGCACAGGACUUGGGACUAGAAACAGAUGCUACCGAAGAUGACUUUGGGGUCUGGGAAGUGAAGACUAUGGUAGCGGUAAUUCUCCACCUGCUUGAAAGGCCCAAUAGUCAGUUGUUCUCGAAGCCAGAGGUGGUGAAGCAGAAAUAUGAGACGGGGCCUUGCAGCAAGGCUGAUGUGGUGGACAAUGAGACUGUAGUACGAGCCCGUGGAUUGCCCUGGCAGUCAUCAGACCAGGAUGUGGCUAGAUUCUUCAAAGGGCUCAACAUUGCCAGGGGUGGUGUGGCCCUCUGUCUCAACGCCCAGGGCCGCAGAAAUGGCGAGGCCCUCAUCCGAUUCGUGGACAACGAGCAGAGGGACCUAGCGCUGCAGAGACACAAACACCACAUGGGUGUCCGCUAUAUUGAGGUAUAUAAAGCCACAGGGGAGGAAUUUGUAAAGAUUGCAGGGGGCACAUCACUAGAGGUGGCCCGUUUCCUAUCACGGGAAGAUCAAGUGAUCCUGAGGCUACGGGGACUACCCUUUUCAGCCGGGCCAACAGAUGUUCUAGGCUUCCUGGGGCCAGAAUGCCCAGUGACUGGGGGUGCUGAUGGGCUGCUCUUUGUGCGACACCCUGAUGGCAGGCCUACUGGGGAUGCCUUUGCUCUCUUUGCCUGUGAGGAACUGGCACAGGCCGCUCUGCGCAGGCACAAAGGCAUGCUGGGUAAGCGAUACAUUGAACUCUUCAGGAGCACUGCAGCUGAGGUGCAGCAGGUGCUUAACCGCUAUGCAACCAGUCCACUCCUUCCCACGCUGGCUGCUCCGCUGCUGCCCAUUCCCUUUCCACUGGCAGGAGGGACUGGAAGGGACUGUGUACGCCUUCGAGGCCUGCCCUACACAGCCACCAUUGAAGACAUUCUGAGUUUUCUAGGAGAGGCAGCAGCUGACAUACGGCCUCAUGGUGUGCAUAUGGUGCUCAACCAACAGGGCCGGCCAUCUGGUGAUGCCUUCAUCCAGAUGAUGUCAGUGGAACGUGCUCUGGCUGCUGCCCAGCGGUGCCACAAGAAGAUGAUGAAAGAACGCUACGUCGAAGUAGUCCCUUGUUCCACAGAGGAGAUGAGCCGCGUGCUGAUGGGGGGUUCCCUGAGCCGCAGCGGCAUGUCCCCUCCACCCUGCAAACUGCCCUGCCUCUCACCACCUACCUACGCCACCUUCCAGGCCAGCCCAGCCCUCAUUCCCACAGAGACAACAGCACUAUAUCCCUCUUCUGCACUGCUUCCAGCUGCCAGGGUACCCGCUGCCGCCACUCCUCUUGCCUACUACCCAGGGCCAGCCACUCAACUCUACAUGAACUACACGGCCUACUACCCCAGCCCCCCAGUCUCUCCCACUACUGUGGGCUACCUCACCACACCUCCUACUGCCUUGGCCUCUACGCCCACCACAAUGUUGUCACAGCCGGGAGCCCUGGUCCGAAUGCAGGGGGUCCCAUACACAGCUGGUAUGAAGGAUCUGCUCAGUGUCUUUCAAGCCUACCAGCUGGCUCCUGACGACUACACCGCUCUGAUGCCUGUUGCUGACCCACCUCGCACUGUGUUACAAGCCCCUAAGGAAUGGGUGUGUUUGUAGAAGAGGAAACCAGGAAGCAGAGUGAGCUGAUGUCUCCUGAGUCCAGAGCACCCUCAAUCCAGCAGCUUCUUUCUGGCUUGUCAAAGCUCUAAAAGGCACCUGGAAAAGACCAAGCUCAGCACCACUCUCCUUCCUCCCAUAUUCACCCUUGUUUCUCUGCCUGCUUACUCUAAAGAUGAUGGCUACCUUACAGGCAGGGCUGGAGAUAUGAUGAGGCUGCUCCAUUCCUGAUGUGUGACAGCCAGAAAAACCUUCCAUCUGUCUUUGGCCUUCAAAUACUGAGUUUGAAGGGUGCACAGCUGGCCUGUGUUUCUGUGUUUCGAAUGUUACCUUUAAAGCCUGGUACCUUUAAUAUUUAUGACUCCUGGGCGAUUCAGGAGUCCACCUGAGCCUGACUAGAGGCCCCGCCUGUCUACUUCCCCUAUCCUUUCAGGAGGCAGGAAGGCAUCAAGUCAGCACUUGCCCUCAGGAUACCUGGACUCACAAGUGCCAGGGGUGGCUUUACAAUAGUGAAGUGCUAACCCACUCCAACCAGGCCCAAGGAGUUUGGGAUGACAAACCACUAGCUGAACAGUUCAUGCCUGUCACCCCAGCACUCAGGACACAGGACUGUCUCAAGUUCAAAUCCAGUCUGCCCUACAUAGCAAAUUCUAGUCUAGCCAAGGCUGUGUAGCCCCUACCAAAAACCAAACCACAAGCUAUUCUAGACUGUGCUGCUACAGUACCCCAGUGACUACCAGAGGGCAGGUAGCACAUGUAGACUCAGGUUAAAGGGGACUUUGCCAACUUUUUCUUGCAACACUUGGAAGACCAGUUGUCCAGAAGCCAGCAAACACCAUGACAUGUCCUUUGCACUGAUUAAAGAGUGCAGAACUCAAGCCUUAGAAGGAAUUUUGAAUUUUUAUCUUCUUGUAAAGCAAAUGAAGGUUCCUGGUCAAGCGGACUUUUUAAAAGCCACAGAGCCUUUGGCCCAGAGAGCUCCACACCAGCCCCAGGUGGGGAAAAACUCAGAUUGCAAGGAGACUGUUGAUCUGUCACUGUUUAUUAUUUCAGCACUGUAACUGAGGAGGAGCCUGAACUGCUGGCUCAUCUUCCCUUUGUAUUUGUAUAGGGAGCCCUGCACUCCUAUAAAAGAUUUUAAAAUACAAAAUGUACAAGAAAACACAAUCCCAAGUGCUGUAAACAUAAGCAAGAACCAUUUUUUUCACUUACACAUCUGUUCUAUAAAUACAAGGUUUCAGCUUGAGCCCAUGUGUUAAAAACUACAUGUUAAAAACUGGGCUUCUCGGCUAGGCCCAGCAGAGGUCUGGUGAUGCUGGCUGGCCCUAGGUGUUGGUGGGUUGUACCCAGGACAGCAGCACCACAUAUAAACCCAAACAUUUUCUAGUAAA